AUGGGUUGUGGAUCAAGUAAAAGUACUGAAGUUCAAAAAUCAAGUAACUUACUGACUGUUCCCGACCCUCUAGAAUUGCAUCGAGAUGGGCCAAUUAGUAAUGGAACCUCGAAUCAUUCCAUAAAAAAUUCUCUUCCACAUGAUAGCCUACAGGAGAAGAAGUCGGAAAUUAUUCUUCAAGAACAAGAAGAUGAUCAAACUAAUGCUAAUCCACAAGUUGAAGAUCACGAAAAAGAGCCAGCAGAACGUAGUACAACGAGCUCUGAAAGAAUAGCCAGAGAUGUUUCUAUAGAUACACGCAUAACUUACAUGGAACCUACUACAAAUCCAGGUGGAGAUUAUAAUCAAUCUGUUAAAAUACCAGAAUCCAAGUUAAGCCUAGUAGAUGAAACUAAUGAAAAAAAUGAGGAAGAAAAUGAAAACAGGGCAAGGAUGGAUCAACAGCCAAGCAAAGGCGAAGAGAAUAAAAAUCCUAACCUCAAUCCUGUCUUCAUAAUCGGUCAUCACGACGAAGAGGCCAAAUCAACCUUACCGACUAUUAAAAGCAGUCCUGUUAUCAUUACUGGAGAUCAUAUUGAAAAUGCACCGAAAAACAAUUCCUAUCCUAUCAUCGUUUCUGACCAGAAUAAAGACAUAAAUCUAGGUGAUCUACCACCUCCAAGUACUAUUGAAAUUACUCGUGAAGAUAUUAAUAAUAAAGUAAAUGAGCUAAAGAUCUCCGGUGGAGGUCUCAAUAUUGAAACUGCAUCCAACAUGCAAGCCAGUAGUAUUAUUUAUACCGAUGCAAUAAAAGAUGAUACUAGCAUUGUUACGCCUUCGAUGGCAGUACCUAAUUCUUUUGCAAAUGAUAAUUGGAAUUUAUGGGAAGCGGUUAAAUACGACAACAUUGAUGAGGUUAUAAGGCUAUGCCAAAAAGAUUCUAUUAAAUUAGAUGCUAUGAUGGGCUUAGAGAAUAAAUCUAUUCUUCAUUUAGCAGCUGAAAGGAACUCAGUGCAAAGUGCUGAAUAUUUACUGGAUUCUGGAAAAAUGGAUCCCAAUGUUAAAGAUGAAAUAUUACAGGGCAUUCCAUUGCAUCAUGCAGCGGAGAACGGUUGCAUUGCAGUCUCUAAAUUGUUCAUCAAGCAUGGAGCUUUGAUUAAUGCUGUUGAUUUACUUCAAAAUACACCUUUGCAUGUAGCUUAUGCGGAGUGUCAGGAUGAGAUGGUUGAAUUUUUGAUAAAAAAUGGUGCAGACGCAGAAUUACUUAAUUCAGAUGGUGAUAAACCUUUAGAACAGCCUAGAGAUUAACCUGAAUUUUGAAAAUAUAAACUUACAAUUUGUAGACAAGGCAUAAACUGAUCACGAAAUUGCACGCUGCUUUUUUUACUAUGAUUUUCAUAAAGUGAUUGAUUGACUAUGCUGAUUUCGUUAAUUUUAUCGUCAUUAAGACAACUUUUUACUGUAUUGAAUAAUUUAUACCUUUAAAAUGUCUUAAAUUUACGCAGAUUAUCUAACUAUCCAUGGAAGGUUUUAUUAAUUGUACUGAUUAUACGAGAAAUAUAAUUAAUUAUUUAAAAUUUAUUCAUGAAACCAUCGCUUGCUGUAUGAAUGCGAUUGGUUAGCGUGAUUUCUAUGAAAUGUAAUGCCAAUUUUUGGAAGUUUUGGAUGUUCAUAACUUGUAAACAUUUGUAAGAAAAUAGUAGAUUACUUAUUAAUAAAUACUCUGAU